AUGACAGGUUGUGCGAUCCCCUUAGCUUGCGAGGCGGUUUUCCAGGACGAAGGCACCGGAGAGGGCCUGGCGCGUGGGCACAUUCACUUUGGGCCAGCAUUGGUGGGUGCUGCCGUGGACGAGGCAAACGUCUUGCGGUACGAAGUCUAUUGGGCUGACAGCUGCGAAGAUCGCGUGGAGCAGCAGGCUCUGGGCAGAUCUGUGUCUGGCCUGGGCGAUGCCUGCUGCAGGACGGACGUGUAUCGUGUCAGCAUAGACAGCCGGAAACCGAGCACUGCGACGGGCUUCGUCGUCUACGCAGUCUUGGAGUCUGGCUUGGCACCUGUCGGCGUCUAUGUUCACUUGAACGAGACUCUUCUGGAUCGUGCGAUCAUCUCCAGCAAAGCCACCACCGCUGCUCCAGCCCUUGUUCUUCUCUUCGCUGCCUUGCUGAUGCUGUGUUGA